UUGAAGGAAGGAAGAACUUUUUUGUCCUUGAUUGUUAAUUUUUGGUUUCAUAUAUUUUGGUGAUGGCAUGUAUAAUAUCUGUCUUUUCAUCGGUUGAUAUAAUGUUGUUAAAACAUAAACAAACAAUACUCGAUUAAAUUUUAAUAUUAUAAUUUUCUUAAGAGGCUAAAAGCAAAAUUUAUCAUACAACUUAAAAAUGGAUUCACUUAAUUGCUAGGAAAUAAAACCCACAUAAGUUAAUAUGAUAUGCCAAAAAUUAACUAAAUUAUAGUAUAAAAUAUAAAAAAGAGAAUAGUGUAUUAACAUUUAACGGUGCAGUUAAAUAUUACCCCUGGCCUUUGUAAUGCUAUAACUAAUUAAAACUUGGAAUAUCUACACAAUUUAAGUGUUCCUCCUUUCUCUUCAUUUGAAGCACAAAAAAGGGUUACAAGUAAUUAGUAAACAAACUAAACCAUGAAAGCUCUUAGCUUAAUCCUCAUAUUCUCCAUCAUCACUGCCUUCUCACAUGCAACACCAACAUUGGUCACUCAACCUCAAAUAAAUCAAUCUCCCAUACUAUACUAUGCCCAGGAAAAUGAUAAUCAGGAUAAAAUGACUAGACCGACAGGCACCUGCAAUUACAAGGUGAUCAUAGAAACAAGCUGCCGUUCUCCACAAUAUACAACAGAUAGAAUCAGUAUUUCAUUUGGAGAUGCUCAUGGCUCUGAGGUUUUCAUUCCAAGACUGGAUGAUCCUCGUGCUGGGAGGUUCGAGCAAUGUACCAUGGUUUCAUUUGACAUAGUGGGACAGUGUUUAAACGAUAUCUGCAAACUGUACCUACAUAGGGUUGGAUCAAAUGGUUGGAUACCAACGACUGUUACAGCAUACAACUAUGGUUACCCACCUGUAAAAUUUUACUACAACACUUACGUUCCUGAGAAUGUUGACUAUGGCUUCAACCAUUGUAAUGAAGUGUAGUGUUACAUUUCUUAAUGGAAAAUGUUAGUUAGUGUUGUUAGAACAUUGGUUAAUAAAAACAAAUAUAGCAAUGUUAUGUUGGAAAAUGUUGCAUUCAACUUUUUACAAGUUUUAAAAUGGUUGUUUUCAAUACAAA